GCAGCAACCCGGGCACGGGAAGAAUGAGGAUUUGCCACGCCUUUGUCCGCCGGCUUGGCCUCUCUGCCAGCCAAUCAACGCGCCGAGGCUUGGUUUGAGCGAUGUUUUCUUGUGACUGCUUGCUGGCGCUGUCCCCGGGCUUGUUUUGGCGCAAAGGCGGGGCUCUCCGCCUGCCAGGUGCUCACGGGGCUGGGUCCCUGUUACAUAAGCGGAGAGGGCGGGCCUGGCACCUACAGCGAGUUGGCCUGCCGGCCGAGUAAAAUCAGAUGUACCCCGCGAGCUCUUUUUGCUGCUUCCAGAAGAACGCGAAGGUGUUUCACCCAGAAAGAACCUCGCCAGGCGGGACGCGAUUAAGCCUGUGUCUGAGGCAGCGGGGCAGCAGCUAGUCACUUGGAGCAUGGCAGAACGGGAGUCUCAGGCGGUGGCGGAGGCUGUCCCGGAUCGCUGCAGGUGGAGGAAUCCUCGGAAGAGCCGCUGCUGACUCUGUGGAAGUAGCAGUAGGAGGCGUUUGGCGGGCCGGAGCCACACCAAGAGCUUUGCCGGAGCAGAGUGGAAGAGGAUGGCAGUCGAAAGCUGCAACGCCGACUGGAUGGGCUCCCUGCCGCCCGCCCUCUGCACCCUGCCUCUCGCCAAUCUGGCGAUUCCAGGGUCACAUGAUUCCUUCAGCUACUGGGUUGAUGAGAAAUCUCCUGUGGGACCAGAUCAAGCCACAGCAAUCAAACGGCUGGCCAGAAUAUCACUGGUGAAGAAGCUAAUGAAGAAAUGGUCAGUGACACAAAACCUAACAUUCAAGGAGCAGCUUGAAGGUGGAAUCCGCUACUUUGACCUCCGUGUAUCUUCCAAACCAGGUGAAGCACGACAGGAAAUCUAUUUCAUACAUGGCUUGUUUGGAAUCAACGUAUGGGAUGGGCUGAUGGAGAUAAAGACCUUUCUAACACACCACCCUAAGGAAGUAAUCUUCCUGGAUUUCAACCAUUUCUAUGCUAUGGAUAACAACCAUCAUGUAUACCUAAUCACUAGGAUCCAAGAAGUUUUUGAAUCAAGACUCUGCACAAAGGAGUGUGUGGAAAACGUGACAUUACAAAACCUCUGGAGAAAGCAGCAGCAGGUUCUUGUUUUCUACCAUAAUCGUCUCUGUGAAGAAUAUCCCUUUCUGUGGUCAGGGAAUAAAAUUCCAGCACCAUGGGCCAACACAACCAAUGUACAUAAACUGUUGCACUUCUUGGAGACCACCCUUGGAGAACGAGCAGAACAUGGAACUUUUCAUGUUUCUCAAGCUAUUCUCACGCCAGGGGUCGAAACCAUUGCCCUAUAUCUCAUCCGUGGCCUGAAAAACACACUAGUUCACAAAAAUCUUCCUUUGAUUCUGAACUGGGUGAAAUUGCAGAAGCCAGGCAUCAUGGGCGUUAACAUAAUUACAUCAGACUUUGUGGAGCUGGUUGACUUUGCAGCUACCGUAAUUGCAUUAAAUGACCUCCUUUUAGAAGAUAAUAAAUCCUGACUAUUGAGAAGUUUUCUUUCUCUCAUCCAACGUUUACUUCAUCUCAGCUUUUGGUGUGGAAAUAGUGUCCAGUCAUAUCAAUAACUUUAUUUCAAGCCCUCUCCACCCAUCAGUUUUACCCUUUCACCCAACGUCAAGGCACAAAGUCAUAUGCUGAUUUCACUGCACAGUCCUAAAAUGUGCUACAGCAUGAUUUUCUUUGUCACUCUUUUGCACAUGUGGCCAUUUUGCCUGCAUCUGUUGAAAUAUAGAAUAUGUUGGAGGCUGGACACUUCAACAUAUGUAAAGAAUUAGCAGGGGCCUCUCUCUAGACUCGCUGAGUGUGUACAUCCUGCAUGUUAUGAAACCAAGGAGUCCAGCUCUAAAGAUAAGUACUGAACUCUAAGCACAAGUUUACCAGACUAGCCAAAAGAUUUUGGUUUUGGCUAUAAGAGUUAGAUGUGUGUCCUGCUCUCUUCCUUUCAACUGUACUGUAUAUUAAGCUACCUCGGUCAUUUGAAGAAGAAAAAAGCAUUGCAAUUGUUCACCAUAACCAUUUGUAAAUAUAGUUCUGUUUGAGUUUUCAGAGUUCAUUGUGAGGUAUAAAUUAUGUUUUUAAA